AUGGCUCCUCAGACUCCUCUCGAGAGCGGCAUAAACACCCCCAACACUCAUAUCCAUCCUACCGCGGCUAGAAACGAUACGCCCAUCGUCGUUGAGAGUGAAAAGACUGUCUACACGGACGAAUACAUCACCUCGACGUAUGAUUACCACACCCAGACCGUCAUCAAUGACAAUGGUGUCUUCAAAGUCACACCAAAAGUCCAGACGUAUCAGUUCCGCACCCAACGCAAGGUUCCUCGCAUGGGGUUGAUGAUGGUCGGACUUGGCGGCAACAACGGCACGACACUUACUGCUACCAUCCUCGCCAACAAGCAUAACAUUCACUGGCACACCAAAGAGGGUCUCCAGACGCCAAACUACAUUGGCUCCAUCCUGCGAGCCUCGACCCUCCGACUUGGUGUCGACCCCUCUACCGGAUCCGACGUCCAUGUUCCUCUCUCCUCCGUCCUCCCUACCGUUCAUCCAAACGAUCUUGUUAUCGGUGGAUGGGAUAUCUCGUCCUUGCCGCUCGACCAGGCCAUGCAACGCGCCCAGGUGCUCCAAUACGACCUGCAACGCCAAAUCGCCCCUCUCAUGGCCUCUAUCCGCCCUCUGCCGAGCAUUUACUACCCAGACUUUAUCGCCGCUAACCAAGAAGAGCGCGCCGAUAAUCUGAUUCCUGGCAAGGAUAAGCAGGCCCAUCUCGAGCAGAUUCGCAAGGACAUUCGCGAGUUUAAGCAGUCAAACUCGUUGGACUCUGUCGUUGUCUUCUGGACGGCCAACACCGAACGUUAUUCGGAGAUCCUCCCUGGUGUCAAUGAUACGGCGGCAAACUUGCUCAAGGCUAUCGAGCAAAGCCACGAAGAAGUAUCGCCUUCGACGCUUUUCGCCGUCGCCAGCAUCCUCGAGGGUGCGCCCUUCAUUAACGGUGCACCCCAGAACACGUUUGUGCCCGGUUGUAUUCAAUUGGCAGAGGAGCACCAGUCGUUUAUCGGUGGUGACGACUUGAAGUCGGGUCAAACCAAAGUCAAGUCGGUCCUUGCCGAGUUUUUGGUCAACGCAGGUAUCAAGCCACUCAGCAUCGCAAGCUACAACCAUCUUGGUAACAAUGAUGGUCGCAACUUGAGUGCCGAGGCCCAGUUCAAGAGCAAGGAGAUUAGCAAGAGCUCUGUCGUCGACGACAUGGUUGGUGCCAACCAUUUGCUCUACAAGCCCAAGGGAGAGGGAGAGAAGAAGGGCGAGCAUCCAAACCAUCUUGUUGUCAUCAAGUAUAUGCCUGCCGUGGGCGACAGCAAGCGUGCAAUUGACGAAUACUAUUCCGAGAUUUGCAUGGGCGGUCGGAGCGUGAUCAACAUUUUCAACGAGUGCGAGGAUUCCUUGUUGGCCUCGCCGCUCAUCCUCGACCUGUCCAUCCUCGCCGAGCUCUUGACCCGCAUUUCGUACCGCUGUGUCGACGCCAAUGGCCAAGGAGGAGAGUUCAAGCCUUUGUACACUGUGCUCUCUUUGCUGUCCUACAUGCUCAAGGCACCACUUGUCAAGCCUGGCACAGACGUCGUGAACGCACUCGGCCGCCAACGCAAUGCUCUCGAGUUGUUCCUCAAGGCGUGCUUAGGACUCGAAGGCCAAGGGGACCUCUUGCUCGAGACGCGAGUCUGGUAA